GGCGGAUUCUCUCUUCCUUCUCCCUCUCGUGUGAUUCUAAUUCUCCUCUCUAAGAUCCGUAUCUCUUACUCUCCCUUCUCAAGCUCACUUCAACCAUGGCCGCUUCACUACCAUUGUUUCAGCUUCUACUCUUUCUUCUUCUUCUUUCAAGAACGCGUUUUUCAUCUUCAGAGUACUUAAUCGGAGUCGGAAGCUAUGACAUCACUGGUCCAGCCGCUGAUGUCAACAUGAUGGGCUACGCAAACUCCGAUCAAAUCGCUUCCGGUAUUCAUUUCCGGUUACGAGCUCGUGCCUUCAUUGUCGCUGAGCCUCAAGGUAACCGCGUCGCGUUUGUCAAUCUCGACGCUUGUAUGGCUUCUCAAAUCGUUACAAUCAAAGUUCUUGAGCGUCUUAAAGCAAGGUAUGGUGAGCUUUACACAGAGAAGAAUGUAGCAAUAAGUGGAAUUCAUACGCAUGCUGGACCAGGAGGAUAUCUUCAAUACGUCACAUAUAUUGUGACGUCUCUUGGAUUUGUUCGUCAAUCUUUUGACGUUGUUGUUAACGGCAUUGAGCAAAGCAUUGUUCAGGCACACGAAAGCCUCCGUCCUGGUUCUGCUUUUGUUAACAAAGGGGAUCUUUUGGAUGCUGGUGUAAAUCGAAGUCCGAGUUCUUAUCUCAACAAUCCUGCAGCUGAGAGGAGUAAAUAUAAGUAUAAUGUUGAUAAAGAAAUGACGCUUGUUAAGUUUGUUGAUUCUCAGUUGGGACCUAUUGGUAGUUUUAACUGGUUUGCUACUCAUGGGACUUCCAUGAGCCGGACUAACUCGUUGAUUAGUGGAGAUAACAAAGGCGCUGCAGCGCGGUUUAUGGAGGAUUGGUUUGAGAAUGGACAGAAGAAUUCUGAUAGUUUAAGAAAUAUUCCUCGGCGAGUAUCAAGCAUUGUUUCUGAUUUCAGUAGAAACAAGAGUAGACUUUUGGAUAUUGCAGCUACUUAUAAGUCCUCUAGAGGACAUUCUGUGGAUAAGUCCCUUGAUGUUAAAACCCGAGUAAGAAACACUUCGAAGCGUAAAUUUGUCUCUGCCUUCUGUCAAUCAAACUGUGGUGACGUGAGUCCAAAUACUCUUGGUACAUUUUGCAUUGACACUGGACUGCCUUGUGAUUUCAAUCAUAGUACUUGCAAUGGAAAGAACGAGUUGUGCUAUGGCCGUGGUCCGGGCUACCCUGAUGAAUUUGAGAGUACACGUAUCAUUGGAGAAAAGCAAUUCAAAAUGGCAGUGGAACUUUUUAACAAAGCUACAGAGAAGCUGCAGGGAAAAAUUGGUUACCAACAUGCGUAUCUAGAUUUCUCGAAUCUUGAUGUCACAGUUCCAAAAGCAGGAGGUGGCUCUGAGACGGUUAAGACAUGUCCAGCUGCAAUGGGGUUUGGUUUUGCUGCUGGAACAACUGAUGGUCCAGGUGCUUUUGAUUUCAAACAAGGAGAUGAUAAGGGUAAUGUGUUUUGGAGACUAGUGAGGAACGUGUUGAGAACUCCUGGUCCAGAACAGGUCCAAUGCCAAAAACCAAAACCCAUUUUACUUGACACUGGUGAGAUGAAAGAACCAUAUGACUGGGCGCCUUCAAUUCUUCCGAUUCAGAUACUUCGCAUUGGCCAAUUAGUCAUCCUCAGUGUCCCCGGAGAGUUCACAACAAUGGCUGGAAGACGUCUCCGUGAUGCUAUCAAGUCUUUUCUCAUCUCUUUGGACCCCAAGGAAUUCAGCAACAACAUGCAUGUCGUAAUCGCAGGUCUCACCAAUACGUAUUCGCAGUACAUCGCCACUUUCGAAGAGUAUGAGGUUCAAAGAUACGAGGGAGCCUCAACGUUAUACGGACCACACACACUCAUUGCUUAUAUCCAAGAGUUCAAGAAACUAGCCACAGCUUUGGUUGACGGUCUAACACUCCCACUUGGUCCGCAACCUCCUGACCUUUUAGACAAACAGAUCAGUUUACUAUCCCCUGUAGUCGUAGACUCGACUCCUCUAGGAGUCAAAUUCGGUGACGUCAAAGCUGAUGUACCUCCAAAGUCAACUUUCAGGAGAGGUCAACAAGUUAACGCAACGUUUUGGUCGGGAUGUCCUCGAAACGAUUUGAUGACGGAAGGAUCAUUCGCUGUGGUGGAGAUGCUGCGUGAGGGAGGGAAAUGGGUUCCAGUGUACGAUGACGAUGACUUCAGUUUGAAGUUUAAGUGGUCGAGACCGGCCAAGCUGAGCUCGGAGAGCCAAGCCACGAUUGAGUGGAGGAUACCGGAAUCUGCGGUAGCUGGAGUUUAUAGAAUAAGACAUUAUGGAGCUUCUAAGUCGUUGUUUGGAUCCAUUAGUAGCUUCUCUGGUUCUUCUAGCGCCUUUGUAGUUGUAUAACAUACUAAUAUAUACUACAAUUUGAC